ACUGCUACGACUACCGGAAACUGCGUGCGUGUGAAUGCGUGCCUGCCUGCUUACGUGCGUGCGCGCGCGCUCAUCACAAUCAGGACACGCGGGCAUCGCGUCGCGCGUACUCGACGACGUGCUGCUCGUCGUUGAGACCAACCGUCUUCUUGGUACACCUAAGUGAGGCGUUCAACGUGGCCGAUCCUUGGACAUGGUGAGGGGGCAUGUUGGUGUGUCGGCGGUUGCUGCUGAUCGCAGCCGCGAUCGCGGCCUCGAUCGAGGCUGGCUCGGCUAGUUACCACUCUCUCGGCAUCUCGUCGUCGGAUUACUCCGGAUACCCGAGCGGAUACGCGGUCUACUCCGGCGCGACGUCACCCGAGUCAUCGUCGUCGUCGAGCUCGUCGACAUCCAGCCCGACAUCGGAGACCGCCGGCAGCGGACAGCUCUGCCGACUGUCCGAAUUCCAAUGCGGCACCAGCGGACAUUGCGUCGCACAGGACAAGUACUGCGACGGCGAGAAUGACUGUGACGACAAGUCCGACGAGCCGAGAUAUUGCACUCCUUGCAAUCGGACGUUGUACGGUGACGUCGGUCGGACCUACAGAGUGGAGAUACGCCGACCGAGGGAGGAUCGACUGCCAUUCCUGUGUCAUCUCAACUUCACUGCCGCUGGAUCCGAUCUCGGGGAUCUAGUCCAGUUAACUUUUGAUACCUUCACGGUCGGCCGCUUUCUAUCCUUUACGUCGGAAGGAUGUCCAGAUGGUUUCAUGACUAUUCGCGAGGAAGGUCGUCCUGCGACUGGAGGACAAUGGUGCGGCAGCGCGUGGGGCUACACCGUCUAUUACAGCGAAACUCCUUCCAUCAAUCUGACUUUAUAUUUACUACGUUUAUCAGAGCAGGGAAUCGGCUACAACUUCGACUUCAAGCUGUCGUACAAGUUCCUGAGAAGAAGCGAGGCGCAUCUCAGAUACGGAAACAGCAGUAUGUCCACAUGGCGCGGCGAGCUGGUGAACGGCACGUAUUGCGAUCGUGUCCUCACCAAAUGCGAUACUAGAGCUUGCCGGCUGCAGUCCCCGAAUUAUCCCGGAGUUUACCCCAGGAAUGUCACUUGCUACUAUCGGGUGGAGCAAAACCGCGCGCCAGUGGGUCAUCGAGCUUUACUUGCCGUUAGUCAACGAAACAGUCACAAGAUACAUAUUAAGGACCAAGUCGUCAAGUACGACAGAAGUCAACGAGUGCUUAGAGUGUGGGAUCAGUGCAACGUCGUGCAAGAUUACUUGACGGUAUAUGACGGAGGUUCAACCUCAGAUCGAGUGCUCGUGAGACUGUGCGGAGGAGACGCGGUGCCCGACAUCGUCAGUAGUCACAAUACGAUGUUGUUGGAGUUUCAUACAUCCCCAUACGACAAUCCGUUUCAUCCGGUUCCAUUGUCUUUCCUGCCAGGAUUUGAACUCGAAGUUCAGGUGAUCUUUGUUGAUGAAAAGUCUCGAAGUUUUGUGAAGGAAAACGAGAACUGCGAUUUUUAUAUAUCCGGAGACGAGAACUCGUCUGGUAUUCUGGAAAACCCGAAACAUUCUUUACCGCCAAACACCACCUGCCGUUAUCACUUCCAAGGAAAACUCAAUGAGAUCGUUUGGUUAUCGUUUGUUAAAUAUUACGCCGCCAGCGUGGAAGCGGCUGCAAAUAUCGACACUACCGCUGAUUGUAACGCAAAACUUCUGAUAUGGGAUGGCGAUAUCACUGUGGACAAACUCGCUUCUAGUCGAAAAAAUGUUACACUGAUGGGACAGUUCUGUAAGGACGACAUACCGCGGUUGUGCGACCACAGUCUGCUGCGCAACAGUAGCCGUCACACGCGACCGUGUAGUCUCGCGGAGAGUUACGUGUCGACCGGCCGCGACCUCACCCUGGAACAUAUAUUGCGCCAGGGUAGUGCGCUCUAUCCGAUAAGUUUUGUGCUACGUUACGAGUUCGUGCACGAAGCCAUUUCGUGCAACCACGUGUUUACCUCGACGUCGUCGACUUCAUCCACGUCUUCCACAUCGUCCCUAUCGUCAUCCUCCUCCUCCUCCUCCUCCUUGUCUAAUGCCGGCAAAUUUGCAUCACCGAAGAGCGUAUUCUUCUAUGGUCGUGGCGGGGCUCAGAAUCUGAGCUGCGUAUAUAAAUUUGAGGCCGAACCCGAUCACAGGAUAGAGCUGUCCUUUGUCAGGGCGUCUUUCGGCGGUAAGAGCUGCGCGUCUUACGUGGACCCGUUGGUGAACCGAUGGACGUGCGAUCGGCGCACGACGGAUGUUAAGAAAUUUGGCAUGGCGAAUCUUGUUGUCGCAGAAUACCCCUGGCAAGGAGUUGAACUUGUUCGCGAUUGUCUGUGCUCAAACAUGAGCGAGAGAAUCGUCGUGCGGACUCUGACAUCGAACAUGGUGGAGGUCAGGUUCACCGUCACGCUCAUGAACGUCACUCAGGAUUACCGAGAUUUCUUCUUCGAGGGAGAAUACCGUUUCGUUCCCGUGGGCGCCGAGUCGAGCGAGCACGGAUGUUCGACGAGACUCGAGGAGCGACGAUUGCGCGGCACCAGCGGCGAAAUCUCCCUCAGAAGCCCGCUACCGCGAGUGAUCCCCGGCGUGGCUGCGGUGGAGGAGAUCCUGACGAACACGGAGGAUCUCACGGCGACACAGUGCGUGAAUGAGCCGUGGCUGAUCGAGCCCGAGGACGCGCGCAUCAACUUCUUGUAUUUGAGAACCGCCGGCUACAGCAUCACUCUGGAUAAUGUCGAGGAUUGCAUGACUUUGAACAGAAUCGUCGUCUAUUCGGCCGCGGAUACGAAGGAGCGCAGCGUGAUCUGUCCGGAGGGUGGCGUCGACACGGCCAGGACCGUCGAUUUCUUCUCUGGCGGCUGGAACUACAGCGCCGUGAACGCAAGCGUGGCGAUGGCGCAGCAUUCCCGCAGCUUUGUUGUGGAGUUCCUCCAGCGGGAACCCGGUUUCUACGCCGUCACGUGGAUCGCGAUCUCCAAACGUUCGCCAACCACACCUAAUCUGGGCGCCAAUGCGUUCACCAUAUUACCUGCGGAAGAUUGUCCCUAUAGAUGUCCAGAGAUUCAGGCGUGCAUCAGCUCGGUUCUGUGGUGCGACGGCGUACGUCAUUGUCCUUCGGGUUUCGACGAGGAAGAGGCCAAUUGCUCUUACCGUUUCGGGGUUACGCUGCUCUACGUCGCGGUGGGCGCCGGUGCCCUGGGUAUAUUUCUGAUCCUCUUACUAGCUACCGGUUGCCUCAAGUACUGCCUCUACCGGCACAAGGCGCGCAAGAAGAAGAAAAACGUCGCCCUAAACGUCAAUCAUCUUCACGUGAAUCACACCCACCACAAUAACGGCUUGACCGGGAGCCGGCUGAGCGGACGCUACAAUCUAGCCACGCCCCAGGAGAUGUACCUGGAGAAUUACGGGAAGGACAGUAUUUGUUGACAAUACGCCAUUGCCAAUAUCGAGACCACCGUGUGAAUAGUCAUGAUUUUUAAAUGCCUACCUCGCUCUGGCCCCCUCCCUUCCCUUACCUGUUUCCGCUACCCAUGAAGAAACGGACCGGAGUGUACGGCAGCCAGACACUCCCAUCCCAAGAGCACACACAUUACACGCGCACGUGCAUACACACACAUACAUAUAUACAUACUCUCGCAGUAAUCGUACGAAAUCCCGUAGAAUAUAUUCGAAGCACAUAGAAGCGAGCGCACGAGAUGAAGCACUCAGUUUGGUGGCAUCAAGUGAUUCCAUCACCGAGUUCUAUUCCUUCAGUUGAAUCUCAUAACGAUUGGUCUGCUUUGAAUAAGCGGAUUACGGUUUGACUCAUUAAAUCAGAUUGAAUGACAAUCCGCUUGUCGCGUAAGAAAGGAUCGCAAGACGCUCAUAAUCCUAACGAGCCGAUGAGAGGAAGAUGUACAUGCACCUCUCGUACGCUCGUAUAUAUGGCAUUUACAAUAACACCGCAGUAUCAUGGUAGGUUUAGAUAUACACACGAUUUAAGAAUAAAAAGAUACGCGCGAGUGGACGAAGAGCAGCGAAAAAUUGGCGUUUAUACACGCACAUAUACAAUGCUUCAAAAAGACGUAGGAUAUGCUGUUUUCGUUGAGUGCACUUUCGGUCGGUUAUCGGAUGAACGCCGUAAACACAAUGUCUACGACGCGACUACGACGAUAAAAAUAACGAGAUGAAGGGAGAGAAGGAUGAAGAUGCAAGAGCUAAAACGCGAGAGAAGCGUUUCACAGAUCAUUUUCGUGCAAAUGACGAUGCGAUCGAUGAGAGAGGAUAGGAUGUUAAACGUUAUGGAUACGACACGCGAGUGAUGUAUUCGCGGCAUUAAAUUGGCUGUAUAUUGGGAAAAGAUUGGGCAUAUUCCUGAUCGUUUCCGAUUGUAUGUGUUCCGAGACGACACUCGUGCUCAUCGUUAAUACUAAUUUUGUUCUUCAGGUCAAUGAGAUUCACGAGAAAAACCGAUGAAAAGUUAACCGCGAUUAAGAUACAUCAUUGAUGUUUAUGCGCAGAGUCUAUCCUGACAAAUCCGUUAUAACCGGAUCCUUUGCACUUGUCUAGAUUUUACCCAUUCGUUGAUGAAACUAGAGCACCAUUUAUCAAACUAAUCGCAGGCUUGAAUACAUUGCACUGAUCCAAAUUAAAGUGACUACAUUAAAUUGUUUUCUUUUUAUUAUUUAAAGAUAUUGAUUGUUAAAUUAUGGUAACACAUCAGGAUUUGAUUGAAAUUUCAAGUUCAUCGUGCAUUCGCAAAUCUGAUAGUCAACGUAACAUAUUCAGGGCCGAAUUGUUGGCUCUAAUGAACAUUAUAAAAAAUCUAAUUAAAUUUAAGUGGAUCCUCAUUUUAUCAAUAAGUGCCCUUUGUAAUCUUAACCGUUGUCGCAAACAGUCCAGCGACCCUUACGUGUUAUUCGCGUAUUAUAUUACAUUAUUGUACAAUAUAUUAAAACUCAUUGCAAUGUGUCAUUUGUUUACGCAUUACGCAAUGAUUCAGUCGCUCGUCUCACUGUGACUUUAUUCUACAUCAAUUUAACGAUCAUUUCUUAUUAUCCCCGUAUCCGCGAUUUUCGACUAUCUAAACUUUAUAGGUGAUUUAUGAAAGACAGCAUGAGAUACGUAGAUAGUUCACUUGCAUUAAUCUAAUAGGUUUGGUAUCGCGUGGCUCGAACGUAGAUAUCCAUGUGUAACUAAUUGGAUGCCGAAGGAAAGCAUGUACGCCAUAAUUCUGUUGCGAAUGCAACAGGAAUUAAGCAAACGAAAUGGUUAAGCGAACAAUGGACGCGAUCUCCACGCGUUAGCCUAUUAUAGACACUGUACGGUAAAGCGUGUUUAAACUAAACGUACGUCUGUAUGCUGUGAUAGAAGUAAGCGUAUCAACAAUCGGAAAUAAAUCUCUCGCGUGAACUCAUGUUCGCAUAUACGCAUCCUUGAAACCAUCAUCGAAGAUGGAUCGCGAUCUUUCGAUGUGCGAUCUUCCUUGACGAUGUCGAUAUCUUAACGCGAUCCAGCGUAUAACUUCUAGAUCAUUAAUCGUUCAAAAAAAAGAUAUGUGGUCCAAACUCGAGUAAUAAGUAAAAAGUUGAUUGAAAAGCGAGUUUAUAGUGAGCCAUUGGACGGAAUAGCGGUAUAAGUUGACAAAAAUAAAAGUUUGGGACGUAAAAAUUAGAGUGAAACAAAACUUUAGAUAUAUAUAUUGCUUCUCUUUUAGAAAAAUAUCAUAAGUGAUCGCGAGAUAAAGCAAUUGGAUUUUAUAGAUACCUUCUUGUAAACUUUUCUUGUCUAUAUCAAAGUGGAGAAAAAAAUUGCUUACACCACUGUUUUGAACAAUGGCUUGUAUAUUGCAUAAUUUUAUAUAAAAACGGCCGUUAAAUUAGAAUUUAUUGCGAUCGCGAUUCUAAGACAUUUUCUAACAUGUUAAUUGUGGUAUUUUUGUACAUCUUUGCAAACUCAUAUACAUAGAUCCUGUGUCACAAAGUUUAAAAAUUCCUACGGAGACGCUCCGGUCGCGUUAAGAUAUCUUUCGCCAGUCUCAUGAAUUGCUCUGUGAAUAAUUCACUACCUAUAUAAGACAUCGUCUAUCUACACGAAUACUGCCGCAGUUAUAUUAUUUAUUCAUAAAGUUUUAUAAGUCUCUUUCUACCCGAAUACGAAAAACUGUUCGAGUAUAUGACAUUCUAUAUACUAUAAAGACAUGGAAUCCGAAAGUGAGUAACGUACUAGCGAAUAACGUAGCGUGCAUCAGAAGCGAAACUGUGCACACGCCAAGCUCCUCGAUGUGUUAACCGCGCGAUUGCAAUAUUAAAGACAUGUUAAAAUUUACUCUAACAUAUCGAAAGUUCGAAAUUAAUUUAAGCGCGCCUCCAUCUAUUACUAUUGCCUAGCAAGACUCGAGUAGCAAUCGUUUUCAUGAAUGAUGAGAGACGAUCUUCUUUCAAAAAGAAAUUCUUCCGAUUAUCCUUUUUUUUUGUACAAAGUCGUGGCGUUAAAAAAAAACUCAUUUCUCGUGAAAUUUUUGAUAUAUCCACGAGUCGGUAGAGUUCUCACAUCUGUUUCUAUAAAUAAAUAAACGCAUAAGUCCCUCGACGAUGUAGAAACUGACGUAAUACAUAAAGUGGGACGCAUCGUUUCACGGGGGACGACGAUUUAUAUUACCAGUAUCUUUCCACAGGCACGAAAUGUCGAUGUGACCCGGCCAUUAAAAAGUACGCACGGAAAGUCGUUCCUGUCUUCGUGCCGUAACUUCGAGCGAAUCAGUACGAAUAUAAUUUCUUUGACGGAUAAAAGUCUAAAUCGUGGAGCGUGCUCACCACAUUAUGAGAUUUAUAUGACUCGAUAUUGACAUGACUCGACUCCACGUCUCGCGCUCAAUCGAGGAAAAGCGUCCUACGAUAACGAAAAUAUAGUUAUAUGCAUGUAUGUAAGAACGUACACGAAAAAAAAAAAAAAAAAAGCCGUAGCA